GGAAAUGAUUGACACGUCUCAAUGUUCUACACAGGCUCCCAAUAGAGAGAACAAUCAAGAUGAACGUUCUCCAUGGCUCCCAAUUAUUCUAUCGCUAGAUGGUGGAGGAGUCAGGGGCCUCUCGUCCCUCUAUUUUCUUAAGAAGAUCAUGGAAAUGGUCAGAGAAGAAGAGAAUAGAUUAGAACCUGACACCACCAAACAUACUCAGGGCUUGCCUUUGCCGUGUAAUUAUUUCGACUUCAUGAUCGGGACGAGCACAGGAGGAUUGAUUGCGAUUAUGCUUGGAAGACUUCGAAUGGGCGUUGAUGACUGUAUCAAACAGUAUCUUGUCAUCAGUCAGAAGGUUUUCCGGCGAUGUUUAAUACCGAUCAUUCAAGAAUACUCCGGGGAAAUGCUAGCUGAUGCUGUAUGUAAAGUUGUGAAAGACACUUGCCAAUUUUACGAACGUAAAAAUUGUACAGGGAAGCAUCUCUUCCGCCAGUAUGAUCAUAUGGAGCGGAAUGGAAACAACGGGACUGGUGGUCAGCCGAGAUCUAACAAGAUCAACAGUACUUGCAAAGUAGCAGUUACAUCGGUUCGGAACGGCGGCGCCAACUCACAUUCCUCAGCGGGUUCGGAUAUAUCAUAUCUUUUCCGGUCCUACGAUAGCGCACCAAGAUACGACCCAGGGGAAUACAAUCCGAAAAGCCUGGACCAGUCCAAGCUACUCAUACACGAGGCAUCUAGAGCUACCACUGCGGCGCCAGCGUACUUUCCAGUUCUGUUGAUGAGAGGCCGGCGUUUCAUGGAUGGUGGUGUAUUUGCGAAUAACCCGUCUGAGAUUGCUUUGAACGAAGCAAUGCGAAUGUGCAAUGAACCAAACUAUAGCGCUCCUUCUUACGACGGGAGAAUCAACCAUCCAAUAGCACUGGUGAGCGUCGGAACUGGAGGUUCGAAGGGCUACAACAGAUUUAGCUGGAGUGGUCUCUUCCGCGCGAUGAGGCAAAGGCUCACAGACGCCGAACCUACUCAUGAAUCUGUUCGCAAAAUAUGUGCAAACUCAAAGAAAACUGAAUACUUCCGAUUCAAUGUCAUGGGAGAGACUAGAAACGCCAACGGCCUAAACAUAGGCCUUGCUGAAUGUAAAAGGAAGAAAAUUGAAUCUAGACAUUGUUGGGCCAAAGGAGAGGAGGUGUUGAAUACACAACUUGAGAAAGAUGCUGAUGAAGACGUGCGAGGGGGAUACAGGCCCACAAAGUACCACUAUACGACCUUCAACAAAAUUCGCGUCGAAACCGAAGCUCAAUUUACGAAGCCGUACGAUCAGGAAGGAGAACAGAUAACGAAUGAUAAGCUGAAGGAAUGCGCUAAACUGUUAGUUACAUACAGCAGAAAAAGGAGAGAGAACGACCUGGAAAGGUGGGAAGCAUUUCGAAGACAUCCCCAUCUCAACCAUUGACCUCCACCGCAGGCCGGUGUCAACGGUUGGGGUUGGAAUUUUUGGGGGGCCUUGUUGGAAAGGUGUGAUAUACCCAGGUAAUUGCCUACAUGAGCACUUUAGGAGGCAUGUGAUAGCUAUUACCUAUGAAAGUGAAGGGUGGUUAGCUGGGCUAGGAUUGGAAAAGACUCGUCACUGGAUUUCAUUAUUGUCAGUGGUAAAUUGGUAAACGUCGGCUUGAAUUUGAAAUCCCCAGAAUCAUGAAACACAUAAUCCGUGUAGCAGCACCUAAACACCUGAAGGUGAUAUGCAAGUCAGUACUGCAGCAAGUUAGAAAGUCAGGUCAAGGCGGGAUCUCUGGUGUCGAUACACUUUGUGAUUAUUAGCAUUGGCGAUGACAGGAGAAGAGUUGAUAUGGAAAAUGCGAGC